AGUCAAAAUAUUUUUUGAUUAAAUAGUGAAUGAAUAGUUUACAAGAUAUUGUGAAUCGCCUAGUGCAUUCAGAUAAACAAAUUCUCAAAUGUAGUUCAUAGGUCAUGAGAUAAGAACGUCAUCUAUAGUUGUUAUAUUCAUUCAGAAUUAAAAAUUUCUAACGUGUCAACGGACAUUGGCAGGUUUUUUGCUCCAGUUUUUUGAUCUCUCAGGGAUUAAAAAAGAAGUUGAAAACUUAUUUUUCAAUCUUCAUAGUUAUGUAACUGUGUGUACUUUGGUAAAACUCUACUAGUAAUCAACUGUUACGGUAUUGAGUUUGGAUUUCCUCAACGAGUUCUGAAGACAUGAAGUGUAUGAUGAGUUAUAUGUUGCAAUUUGUGUGUAUUUUUGUUGCGAGUUUGAUUGUUAGUGUUAAUUCAGCUUGUCCAAGAACUCCAACCGGUCUGGGAAGAUUAGGUCCCAAGUUGAGUGGCGAUGGCGGAUUUAGCAUUACAAUUGGUAUGCAACCAGAGCUUUACAUUGGUGGAAGUCACUAUGUCGCAACUAUCCAAUCGAAUAUUAAUAGGCGGUUUUAUCGCUUGUUGAUGACUGUUGAGAGUAGCAAUCAGUCAUCAGCUAAUGAGGACAGUGAUCCUGCAGAGGUGGGCUACUUCAUGUUGUCUGAUCCAGAGGUUGGCUACAGCGAUCAUUGUGUCAAUACAAUCGUAGAGAGCAACCAAGUCCCAAAAACAUCGAUAUCUGCUACUUGGGUAGCUCCAAAACGAGCGUCUACAUGCGUUACAAUCAGAGCAAUGGUGUUUGUUGACGAGCUGCAUUGGUAUUCAGAUGAAGGCUUACUAUCCAGAAGGCUGUGUCCUUUUAAAGAGCAAAGCACUGUUGUACCCAAACAAUGUUGCGCUUGUGACGAUGCUAAAUACAAGAUGAUAUUCCAAGGCCUGUGGUCAAAUAUUACACAUCCAAAAGACUUUCCUUUCAUAUUGCCAUUGACUCACUUUAGUGACGUGAUUGGUGCCACACAUGGCAGAGAUUUCAAAUUCUGGGGAGAAGGAGUUAUUGCUACCGAUGGACUCAAACAAUUGGCGGAAUGGGGAUCUCCAGGAUUGCUACAUAAGGAGCUCUUAUCAAAUAGUAAAAAGCUGAAAACAUUGAUCCAAGCCGCUGGUCUGUGGUACCCAGAUGUUAAUGGGAAUACAAGUUCAAAAUUCCAUGUUGACAGAUCGAGAAAUUUGCUAUCCAUUGUGUCAAUGUUGGGUCCGUCUCCAGAUUGGUUAGUUGGUGUGUCAAGUCUCGAUCUUUGCCUAGAGAACUGCACCUGGAUUGAAGAAAAGGUUAUUGACCUCUAUCCAUAUGAUGCUGGUACAGACAAUGGUAUCACGUACAUGUCCCCCAACUCCCCAACCGUACCACGUGAGCCUGCUAAGCGUAUAAGUAGUACAUACCCCGAGGAUCCUCGUUCUCCAUUCUACGAUCCUUCUGGCAAGGAAAUGCCUCCUUUGGCAAGGAUUCACCUCAAACGCACCAAGCUGGUCGAAAAGUCUUGCGACAGAAAAACCGAGGAUGAACUCUUACAAGAAGUUGCUGUGGCUGAAAACAAUGAGGACUCUGAAAGAAGCGAAUGUCAAGUGAGUGAUUACUCGGAAUGGAGUGCUUGCAGCGUUAGUUGCGGUAAAGGACUGCGCAGUCGCACACGACAGUACUUGGAUUCCAGAUCGGCGAAAAAUGCCAAUUGCGAUCGACAACUUGUUGCCAAGGAAAUGUGUGUCUCAACAAAUAAGUACUGCCCCGGUGAGGAAGAAGAAGAGGAAGAUAAGUUGGAAGAUUUGAAUGAAAUGUGCCGAGUAAAAGAGUGGAGCAGAUGGAGCUCUUGCUCAACUACUUGCGAUAUGGGUAUCAAAAUGCGCACUAGAACAUUCGAGAAUAGACAGGCUAGAAAACACUGUCAGCAUAUCAACACUGUCGAGAAAGAAAAAUGCAUGAUGCCUCCCUGCACCAAUCAAGAAAAGGAAGAUCCUCUGUGCCCAACCACUCCAUGGAGCGAAUGGAGUCCAUGCAGUGCAACUUGUGGUCCAGGUGUUUCCAUUCGAACCAGAGAGCUUCUCAACAAAGAUGAUCGAUGCAAAUCCAGAGUGCAACUGAACCAGCAAUUCUCUUGUCAUCAGGAAGAUUGUGUCUUCGAUUUGGAAACAGCAAAAGAGGUAUGUGUGCUUGCCGAAGCCAAGGGACCUUGCACUGGCCAGUUCGAGCGGUGGAGAUUUGAACCACGCAAAGGCAUGUGUGUACCAUUCCUGUAUGGAGGCUGCCGCGGUAAUCGUAAUAACUUUGCAACGGAUAUUGAGUGCCUCAAUCUGUGCUCAGUAGUCAGAGACAUGCUGAGUAGAAGUGGAUCAGCCCCCGACAACUCAACAAUUAACAGUACGGUGGUUGUGGGUGAUGGUGAACCACACAACUGCGUCGUUUCAGGUUGGUCACAGUGGUCCGAAUGCAGCGUUACUUGUGGUCAAGGAAUCAAAUCAAAGAAAAGAACUGUACUGAUUGAACCUAAAAAUGGAGGAAUCGGCUGCCCAUCCCUCCAGGUGAAGCGUAGAUGCCACAGACAUUGUCCAGGUUAUUCGUAUGCUUGAAAAUUUUGAUUUUGUGAUAAUAUCACAUCUUAAUCCUUUAGUACAAAUUGCAGCAAUGUCCUGUUACGUCUAAUCUUUGAAAUAAAAUUCAUUGAAUCCA